UUUAUUGCGAGGUGGGGGCCGAGGGGAGGAAGUGGCGUCCGGAACUGUAGCGGAAGGACCGGCGGAAGGCCUGGCAGCGGCGGCGACACCACUGCUGCCACUGCUACUACUGCUAGCGGCGGCUCCAGCAGCAGCGGCACCUCAAGAUGUCCAUCGAAAUCGAGUCCUCUGACGUGAUCCGGCUCAUCAUGCAGUACCUGAAGGAAAACAGCCUCCACCGGGCUCUCGCCACCCUGCAGGAGGAGACCACCGUGUCCCUCAACACAGUGGACAGCAUCGAGAGCUUCGUGGCGGACAUCAACAGUGGGCACUGGGACACGGUGCUGCAGGCCAUACAGUCUCUGAAGCUGCCCGACAAGACCCUCAUCGAUCUCUAUGAGCAGGUUGUGCUGGAGUUGAUCGAGCUGCGAGAGCUGGGUGCUGCGAGGUCUCUGCUGAGGCAAACGGAUCCCAUGAUCAUGCUGAAACAAACUCAGCCAGAGCGCUACAUCCACCUCGAAAACCUUCUGGCCAGAUCUUACUUUGACCCUCGUGAGGCAUACCCAGAUGGAAGUAGCAAAGAGAAGAGGAGAGCUGCAAUUGCACAGGCUUUGGCUGGUGAGGUCAGCGUGGUGCCUCCAUCUCGUCUGAUGGCACUGUUGGGGCAGGCACUGAAGUGGCAGCAGCACCAGGGCCUGCUUCCUCCUGGGAUGACAAUUGACUUGUUCAGGGGCAAAGCAGCUGUGAAAGACGUAGAAGAAGAAAAGUUCCCCACGCAGCUGAGCAGGCAUAUUAAGUUUGGGCAGAAGUCACAUGUCGAGUGUGCUCGGUUUUCUCCUGAUGGACAGUACCUGGUUACUGGGUCAGUUGAUGGCUUCAUUGAAGUAUGGAACUUCACUACUGGAAAGAUUAGGAAGGAUCUGAAGUAUCAGGCACAAGAUAAUUUCAUGAUGAUGGAUGAUGCAGUGCUGUGCAUGUGCUUUAGUAGAGAUACAGAAAUGCUAGCAACUGGAGCACAAGAUGGAAAGAUCAAGGUGUGGAAAAUCCAAAGUGGUCAGUGUCUGAGAAGAUUUGAACGAGCUCACAGUAAAGGUGUUACAUGUCUCAGUUUCUCUAAAGACAGCAGUCAAAUUCUCAGUGCUUCGUUUGAUCAGACAAUCAGGAUUCAUGGUUUAAAAUCUGGGAAAACCCUAAAGGAAUUCCGUGGUCAUUCUUCCUUUGUCAAUGAAGCUACUUUUACUCAGGAUGGCCACUAUAUCAUCAGUGCAUCCUCUGAUGGCACAGUGAAGGUUUGGAAUGUGAAGACAACAGAGUGCUCCAACACCUUCAAGUCUCUUGGUAGCACUGCAGGGACAGACAUUACUGUGAACAGUGUCAUUCUGCUGCCUAAAAACCCAGAACACUUUGUUGUUUGCAACAGAUCGAAUACAGUUGUCAUCAUGAAUAUGCAAGGACAAAUUGUAAGAAGUUUUAGCUCUGGUAAGAGAGAAGGUGGUGACUUUGUCUGCUGUGCGCUUUCACCUCGUGGUGAAUGGAUCUACUGUGUUGGUGAAGAUUUUGUGCUGUACUGCUUCAGCACAGUGACGGGCAAGCUGGAGAGAACUCUGACUGUCCAUGAAAAAGAUGUCAUUGGCAUUGCUCAUCACCCCCACCAGAACCUGAUUGCCACUUACAGUGAAGAUGGCCUCCUCAAGCUCUGGAAGCCGUAGGCUGAUUUUGCAGCAAGCUCUGAAGCAUGCCUGUUAGUUGCAGGUUACUAGUGUUUGUGCUUUAACAAGGUCUAAAUAUGCAGAGUGUGAUACUUUCUCAAUUUUCAGUUCAGGUUUCCAGAGAAUUACGUUUUUACCUGCCUGGAGUGGAUUGAUGCAUAAAUAUAGCAUCAGUUAAUUUCAUAUACUUUUUACUAGAGUAGUUAAAGCAGCUUCAGUGAGAAUGCUUUUUCUGCCUCCUGAAGUGUGUACUCUUCUACAAUGUUUGUAAAAGUUCAUUGAGCCAGCAGCUGUACAUGCUUAUGUGUGGUUGCUGACUUACUAGAAUACAGUAAAAUGCCUUUUUUUGUUGUUUUUUGCGUUAAAUGUGGAAUGGAAAGUUGUCUCUUCCCCACUGCUGAAACAGGAAGAGUUUCCUGGAAUGCAGAUGAGGAUACAGUAUCAUCAGCUUUGUCGCUUAGGACAGGAAAGAACACAAGCACACACUGCUGCUCUCAAGGUGAAGAAAAAAUAGGAACCUUUAUUUUCUGACCCCAACAUUUAUAGUUUUUCAAAAGUGUCAGUGGAUUGGAGGGCAACAGUGCCACCUCUCCAAUGACACUGGACAAACCAACAGUCCGUCAAAUUUCUCCUCCUCCAUAAAACAAUGAGUUAUUUACAGAAAGUGUGUGAGAAAGUUCAUUAGAACAAUGUAAGCAUCAGAAGGCUUAGAAAAUCUUAAAGAAUCAGGGCAACACAGCUUGAAGAUGGGGUUAUUUCUAUGCCAUUGGGCUUUGUGUGUUCAAUUUUCACUAUCAUUUUUCCAGUUAUAUUGGAAAGUAGUGUCACAGCUGCCUCAGAAUGAAACUGUCCUUCCCCAUCUGCCAGCGCUUGCUACUAUAGACUGUAAAGCUGCCUAAUGUGGCAGUGAGAUACAGUUGAUUUUCUUUGGGGAUUUUUGUUUUAUUUUGUUUGUAAUUUUGUUUUACUUCCAGACUAAAAGGAGUUAUUACCGGGGCCCUUUUCCUAUAAGUGAAAGAUGUUUUCAGACCAGCUAUAACUGAAACUGGGCUCCAGGGGAUCAAUAUUUUAAAACAUGCAAAAGUUGCAUGUUUACAUAGGCUGAGUUCCUAGUGCUGUAAUAAUGCUUUUAAUAAGUAUUUUUAAGAUUUUGUUUUUAAAUUUCAUAUGCCUGUGGACCUAGCUGAGAUUAUGCUUAGGGGUCCCACAAGAUGAUAAAAGAUGCUUGCAGACUCUUCAAUUUGAAGCACAUGAUUUUUUUGUUGAGAGAUUCUGACUAAUGUACACUGUUCUGAAUGUACACCAGAGUCUUCUGAAGUCUGACUGUGUCUUUUCUAGGAUGCAGAAAAAUGAGGCUUUUCCUGUAAUGAUGAAUCAAAUGCAUGUGGAUUUGAAUCUGCUAUAUUGUGUUCUGUCCUCAUCUCUAGUAGAAUGCUUUCCUACUGCAGUAAUCUUUCAGAGAGUAAUACCUUGUCUUCAACUUAAUAAAUUAGUUCCACUUUAA